UGUGCACCUCAGCCCUUCUGUGAUCUGACUCUGGCUGUGACAGCACAGUGACACUGAUACUUGCUCGCAAAAAAAGAGGGCAGCUUUCUCAGCAUUUUGUCCGGAAAGGUCUGAGGAUCACUGAGGAAGAGGAUGCUGAGGCGAAAGCCUUCAAAUGCCUCGGAGAAGGAGCAGGUGCAGAAGAAGAAGCUCACCCUGCAGAGGUCCAGCAGCUUCAAGGACUUCAUAAAAAACAAACCCACAUCUCCUGUUGCAUCAGACAAGGAGUUCACCUUAGACGAGAGUGUGGCAGAAAAUGGGACAGCAGAAGAAGCAGUGAAAAGCGGCAGCAAACUGGGAAAGAAAUGGCGCAACGUGAUCUCACGCACAAUGACUCGCAAAACAUCCAAGAUGGUUCAGAAGGCUCUGGCUGAGGAAGGGGGGGAGAGCGGUGAGGAAUUGUCCCCCGUCUCUGUUGACUGGCUCCCAGAUCUGAGUGCAGGACAGAGGACCUCUGUCUGCUCGACAGGCUCAGAGGACACCACGCCCAGCCCCAUCAGCCGCCAGCUCUCUGCCAGCAGCGACAGACAGAGUCUGGACAGUGGCUACAGUCAGAGAGACAGCAUGAGACUGGAGGAGAACGGCAUCUCCUACAAUGGCCCGUUCUGUGGCCGUGCUGUGGUCCACACUGAUUUCACUCCAAGCCCCUACGACGUGGAGUCUCUGAAACUCCAAAAAGGAGACAUCAUCCACAUCAUAGACAAGCCUCCCAUGGGCACCUGGACCGGGAAGCUCAACAACAAAAUGGGCUCCUUUAAGUUCAUCUACGUCACACUCCUCUCAGAUGAAAGCCCUCAGGCGAAGAGACGCAGCAACAGCCAGAAAUUUAAAAACAAGCCCAAAACCCUGGAGGAGGUCUUGGUCACCAUCGGCCUCACGGAACUGAGUUCGGUCCUGUCCAUGCAUGGUUUCCAGAGCUUGGAAGACUUUGCCGGACUGAAGGAAUCCCACCUGAAUGAGCUGAACAUCACAGACCCAGACCAGUGCUCCAAGAUCCUGAACGCCACUGAGAUGCUGAGAGACUCUGAAGAGGAGUCUGAGCCGGACGAAGAGGAGGAGAGCAACAAAGCCAGGGAGGAACCAAGGGAUUCAGGCUGCUUCGAGAGCUCUGAGAACUUAGAGGGUGGACGAGAGGAUCCAAAAGCAGAGAAGAUGGAUCAGGAAACUGAAAAACAAGAGCAGGAGUCAGAGGAAAAGGAGCAUCAGACUCAGGAGGUAGACGCUGUACAGGAGCAGCUCCAAGAGCUCACAGUGGAUGAAGGACCAUGAGAGGAACUAGUAGAAGGUUCCUCCUUCUCAGCUUUCAAAGACUGUGGGUUUUAUUUCAUGAGGCUGAAAGACUGAACAAACAUGACGGUUUCCAACAAACAGCCAAACAUGCAACUAUCACACCUAUUGCUUUUUUUUUUCUUUUGAAAGGCACAACUUUAACAUUUCAGGAUUCUCUCCUGUAUGUAGCUCCAUCCUGUAUUCACUGCUUAUCAAAAGAGUGUAAAAUAUGUUUAUGUUUUUGAAUAAGUCGUGUUGAGCGGAUGUAUGUUUGUCCUUAUGAUGAAGUGUUGUAAAUACAUGUUAAAUAAAAAGAGUUGAGCAAAAUAUUGA